UCUGUAUUCUUUGCUAUAACGAUUGUUUAAAAUAUUUGUUAUAACGAUUUAUUUAAAAUAAAACAUUUAGAAAAAUGUCUGCGAUGAUAACUGCUGAUUGGUUUCCUUUAGGACGUGACAUAUACUUUCGAAAAUUUGAGCUUUAUCCACUUACUUUUCAAAACGAAGUAAGCAAUACUAAUUUAAUAGCAGCAGCUCCUUAUGGAGGUUCUAUAGCUAUUACCAGACAUCCUAAAAAAUUAGUUAAAGUCCAAGGAACCAAUAAACCUGUAGUAUUGAUUUAUACUUCAGCAGGAAAAAUAACAGCUAAGUUUCAGUGGAAUAGCGGUCAGUUAGUUCACUUAGGUUGGUCGCAACAAGAAGAAUUACUUUGCGUUCAAGAUGAUGGCAUGGUUCUUAUUUACGAUAUGUUUGGAACGUAUCAACAUACUUUUGGCAUGGGAAAUGAAGCAAAAGAUACCAAGGUUAUAGAAGCAAAAUUUUUCACAACUCCGGUUGGUACAGGAGUCGCUGUCUUAACAUCUGCAUACAGAAUUUUUUUAGUAACUAAUGCAUCGGAACCAAAGAUCAGACGAAUAUCUAAUAUACCACGCAUUGGAGGCCCUAUUGAUUGUUGGCUUGUAGUGCAUUAUGACCGAGAAACUCAAAUUAUUUUCUCUAAUGGAGAAGGUAUAUUCUUUUUGCAUCAACCUUAUACUACUACUACAUCGAUACCAUUUAGUAAUCUAUUUAAUAAUAAGAUAAAUAAUGUUUAUGCAAUGGCUGUGUCUCCAAAUAAUCGUCAUAUCGCUCUUUAUGCAGACACUGGUCAUUUGUAUAUUGGUUCAUUUGAUUUUAAAGAGAAAUAUUGUGAAUGUGCUACGCACAUGACAGAACCAUUAUCUUGUAUAGCAUGGUGUGGAACAGAAGCUGUGAUUUGUAGUUGGAAUAGUACAGUGAUGGUUGUUGGAAGAUCAGCUGAAACUAUAGUUUAUACUUAUGAUGGACCAGUAUAUCUUAUUCCAGAAAUUGAUGGAGUACGUGUCUUAUCCAAUUCCUCUCAUGAAAUGAUACAAAAAGUUCCAAAUGUUGUAUUAAAAAUAUUUAGAAUAAAUUCGACAGAUCCUGCAUCAUAUCUGUUGGAAGCAUCUAAACAAUUUCAGAAGAAAAGUCACAAAGCUGACAGCUAUAUUGACUUGGUCAAAGAUAAAUUAGAUUCAGCUAUAAUAGCUUGCAUCGAUGGAGCAAGUCACGAAUUUGAUUUUCAAACACAAAAAUUAUUAAUAAGAGCAGCUAAAUUUGGUAAGGGAUUCAGUAGAACAAUGAAUCCUGAUAAUUAUGUUAGUAUGUGCAGAACAUUGAGGGUAUUGAAUGCAGUAAGACAUCCGUCAAUUGGAAUACCAUUAACAUGUAUACAAUUUAAUAUUUUAACGAGCCAAGUUUUAUUGGACCGAUUGGUAGCAAGAAGACAUUAUUAUUUAAGUAUACAAAUUUCACGUCAUCUUCAACUUCCUGAAAUAGAUGGAGAAAGUAGGAUAUUAGCACAUUGGGCUUGUUACAAGGUCAAACAAACUCGAUUAGAUAAAGAACAAAUAGCGGAAGAAAUAGCUGAUAAAUUGGGAUAUGCUCCUGGUGUGUCAUAUAGUGAAAUAGCAAAAAGGGCAGCAGAUUGUGGUAGAAAGCAAUUAGCUAUUAAAUUGAUAGAUUACGAACCGCGUGCUCAUUUACAAGUACCUUUGUUACUUACACUUGGUGAAGAACGAGCUGCAUUACACAAAGCAGUAGAAAGUGGUAAUACCGAUCUCGUUUAUACUGUUAUACUUCACCUUCGAGAAAAUAUGACACUUGGAGAUUUUCAAAUGUCUAUAAUGCAUUGUCCUUUAGCAAUGGCAUUGUAUAUUAAAUAUUGUCAAAAUCAUAAUCGAGAAACAUUACGAGAUAUUUAUAAUCAGUACGAUGAUUUUCAUUCACAAGCAAUAUGGUUUAUUGCAGAAAGUUAUCAACAAAAGAAUGCACGAGAUACAUUGCUUCAAUCGGCACAAGAAAAUUUUAAAUUAGCACGCAAUGAUACAAAUGCUGCUUUGACAGAAGAACAAAUUAAACUGUUGCGUUAUCAAAAAUCUUUAGAAGAAACAUUACAUGAAACAAUGAUAGGAAAAUCUCUUCACGACACGGUCAAAACAUUAUUACUUCAAAAUGAAUUAAAGCUUGCGGAUAAAUUGAAAUCUGAAUAUCGAAUACCUGAACGCAGAUAUUGGUGGUUAAGAAUACAAUGCCUCGCCGAACAACGUCUUUGGGGUGAAUUAGAAAAAUUAUCAAAGAGUAAAAAAUCUCCAAUUGGUUAUGAGCCAUUUAUUGAUCAGUGCUUAAAGUAUGAUCAAGAACGGGAAGGAAAGAAAUAUUUGCCAAAAGUACAAGAUGAAUUAAAAGUAAAAUAUCUUGUUAAAUUAAAAAUGUUAAACGAAGCAGCCCAAACAGCAGCAGAGCAAAAGGAUGUUUCUGCUCUGACGUUUGUAUUAGCACAAUGUGGUCAGUCGGAAAAGCAAUUAAUAGAUAAAAUCAAUAUGCUUAUUAAAAGUAUCAAAACUUAAAGAUUCCAAUAAAUUUAAACGAUUGUAUUAUAUUUUAUUAUAUAUAUAUAUAUAUAAAAAUUUAUCUGACUGAAAACAUAUUAGACUUAUAAA